AUGCGCGUUUCUGCCACAGGAAGUGCGCAGCUCACCGUCACGACGUCUCCCACAAAGCGUCGCAAAGUUUCCCCAGAGCCUCGAAACAGCCCAGGAGGCGCACGACGUCACGGCCCAUCUCAGGCUUCAUCCGCGCACCCCUUGCCACCACGACAGAUCUCCUCCCACUCACCCUCCCCGAGUCGAAGCUCGUCGGUCUCACCUCCCCGCUACGUGCCCGCUCAUCUUCAAACGAAGUCCUUCGCUACCGGAUCGACUCGAUCUCAAUCUGGUGGCCGCUCGCCUACUCCCGCGACUGCGACCGCCGGUUUGACUCUCUCCAGUGAACACUCCGAUAUGCAAUCCGAGCCUCGCGACAACACCUCUCCCACAAAUGGCGAAGGACGCUCUCCCUCUCCGGGGGACAAGCGCCCGGCCUCUGAGAUUGCCGAUUCCGACCCCGAAGGCGGCGUGAGUACGGCGGUGAGAAAUGAGGGUCGUGAUAACACCAGCAUAAUCGAUGAUCGGGUGGCCCAAGUAUCCGCGUUGAUGAUACAACCACUGAAAGAUGGACAGAAAGGUUAUGUGAUUUCUUCUACAUGGCUGAAGAAGGUCUUUGCGCGGAGUUCGACCCAUGCCGAUAGAGCAGACAAGGAAUCUCUGGAAAGUGAACUGGGUUCCCUCGAUAACACCGACAUUGUCCUCGACAUCGGCCCCAAGCAGGAUGAUCUCAAAGAUGAACAGGGCGGCCUGUACGUACCCAUGCGCCCGGGUUUACAACUCGGCGAGCAUUACGAGAUCGUCCCACAGGAAGCUUGGGACUUGAUUAUCAAAUGGUACGGCCUUGCAAAUGGGUCGCCUGUCAUCACUCGCUUUGCCCAUGAAACCUCUGCAUACACUCAGUCGAACAUCAUCUAUGAGCUGAACCCUCCCAUCGUUACUAUUUUCAAGCUAUCCAACCCGUCCGCGGGCAUGACCCCUCAACUAUUGAAGGAAAGAAGUCUGCCACCCGUAAAGGCGCUCGCUGGUCGUUCGACAAACUACAUGAAAUGGCUGAAGGAGGCCAAGCAGCUGGCCGGAAUUGAUCUGGCUACCAAAGUGCGUGUUUGGAAGAUCAGCGGCGGAAUUCCCAGCGCCAAUGCAUCUGCAUCUUCAACCCCAGCUGUAUCUCGUGCCGCAUCGCCCGCUCCAGCUUCGGCUCUCAUUUCAUCCGCACACAAAAAUCUUCUUGUAGAUCUCAACACUUUCCUGUCCCUAAAUGAAGGCGUUCAACGAGAAUGUCUGCAACAUAUCAAAGACCAAACGAACAACUCUAACUACAAUGGCAAAAUGACACUGAUAAUGGCUGGUCUGGUCGAAACCGAGGCCGUCGUCCUUGAAGAGGAGAUCGGUAAGGGUGAAUGGGUAUCCGAAGCCUCUGCAAAGACUUUGAGAAACCUUGGAAUCCCGACCGAAAAAUGCAAGAAGGUCGCCCCUACACCCGUAAAACCCAACCCAGCACCCAGUGGCCGCACUAGUCCUGUACCUGCUCUGCCACGAGGCAAAAAGGCAAGCGGCAAUAAGCUCGGUGUUACCGGAUUCAAUAACUUGGGCAACACCUGCUACCAGAAUGCCGCUACUCAGUGCCUUCGGGCUGUCGAAGAACUGAGUAUCUUCUUCCUGAACAAUGCACACAGCAAGGAUUUGAACUUUGACAACCCUCUCGGCUACCGAGGUGAACUUGCGAAGGCAUACUCGGGUCUUCUGCAUGGAGUGUACCGCGAUCCGUCGCCAUCUUGCUUCAAUCCAUCCCGUUUCCGUAACCAAGUGGGACGAAACAACCCAACCAUGGCUGGAUGGGAGCAACAAGACAGUCAAGAGUUCCUAAUGUUUGUCUUGGAUGGUCUGUCUGAGGACCUCAACCGUAUCCUGAAAAAGCCUUACAUCGAGAAGCCGGACUCCACAGACGAGAUGGUUCACAACCGGAAAUUGCUUGAGGAGUUUGCAACCAAGUCCUGGGAUAUCUAUAAGGCCCGCAACGACUCUGUUAUUACAGAUCUGUUUGCUGGCAUGUACAAAUCGACUCUGGUUUGCCCAGAGUGUGAAAAAGUCAGCAUUAUGUUCGAUCCUUUCAGCAGUCUUACUCUCCCCAUCCCCGACCAGCGGAACAUCAUCUACCGUGAGGUCAUCUACAUGUCUCUCAACUCCAAGCCAAAACGAUUCCUCGUCGAGGUCGAUAAAAACGGCACUGUGCAGAACUUCAAGGACGUUGUCGCGGAGAAGAGGCAAGUUGCACCCGAGCGACUCAUCGGAGCUGAGGUUACCAAUGGCGUUUUCUGGCAGGUGUUCGAAAAGGACCUCAUGUCUUACAUGGAGCUUCGUGUCAAGUCUCAGGAUGUCGUGACCUUCAUGGAACUAGACGCCCCUCCCUCUGAUGAUCGUAUCCUCGUCCCUGUGUUUCAUCGAAAGACCCAGGGCAUGAAGGGCAAUAAGAACCGUCCGAAGCGUGAUCCAUUUGCCUAUCCUACUAUUCUCUCUUUCACCAGUGAGGAGACGCGUGAUUUGAAGGCUAUCUAUAGCAAAAUUCUGAAGCAUGUCGCGACUAUGACUACUCGUGAUAUUCUAAACGAGAAGAAUGAGCAACCCGCUGAAGACGAACAAGUGACCGAAGAUUCCGAUACAGUAGUCAUGAAUGAAGAUGAUGCCCGAUCGGUCGAUUCUAAGAUCAAAACCUCAUCUGUCGAAGGUGAUGACAGCAUUGUCGAUGUCUCAAUGCAUGAUGCUUCCCAGAGCUCUAGCACAUCUACUGAUAACACCGAUUACACGGAUGAGCCACCUGCUCACCCUCUGGCUUCCUCUAUCGCACAGCAUCUAUUGGAAUUGUUUGAUGUCAAGUACAUGACUAGCCAUGAGCGCAUCCCCCGUGGUCGCAUGAUGGACCCCAUCAAGGAACAACCUCUGAUCACAUCCCGACUUCAAUCUCACAACGAUGAUGACAGCUCCGCCGAUGAGAACAGCGAAACCCACAGUUUGUCGGAUCGAUCCGAGACCUUCGGGCCUGGAUUGCAAGACGAGCCCCUCAUUCGUCGUGGCGAGGCCAUUCUCAUUGACUGGAAUGAUAAAGGCCGCCACGCAUUAUUCGGUGGCAAUAACAACAAGCGGGACACUGAACAGGGCUCCCCUACUUACAGUAACCCUGAAUUUGUGUCUGAUCCUGAAAUCAUCAGACGACGUGCUGAGCGUGACGCCAAGCGCGAAGAGGGCAUUGCACUUGAUGAAUGUUUGAACGAGUUCAGCAAGGAUGAAAUCCUUUCUCAGAACGAUGCUUGGUACUGCCCUCGUUGCAAGGAGCACCGCCAAGCCAGCAAGAAGUUCCAGCUUUGGUCUGCACCAGAUAUUCUCGUUAUCCAUCUUAAGCGUUUUAUGCAGGGUGGUUCCAUUGGUCGUACAUUCCGGUCUAAGCUUGACACCCUUGUUCGUUUCCCUCUGGAAGAUUUGGAUCUGUCAGACCAUAUUACCGGACCUAGCGAUGGCAAGCCGCUCAAGUAUGAUCUUAUCGGUGUUGACUGUCACUCCGGUACUAUGAGUGGUGGUCACUACUACGCCUAUGCCAAGAACUGGGUGACUGGUGACUGGUGUGACUUUAAUGAUCAACAUGCUGGCAUCAUCAAGAACCCCGAGAAGCGCGUCACUACACCUGCCGCUUACCUGCUGUUCUAUCGUCGCCAGGGUGCCGGUCCUCUGGGUGGCCCUGAAAUUCAGAAAAUCGUUAACGCCUCCCGUAAUGGAACGGAAGCUCCGGUCGAGCCCCAAGUCGAGGAAUCACAUAACCACUUUUCAGAGCGUGAGUCCUCGGAAGAGCCCGAACAAAACCCGCUGAGCAUUUUCAGCGAGCCCUCAUGGUCUUUCAAUCAACCUAACGAUACAACCGUCGAUAAUGACCAGAAUGAUGAUGGAGAAGAUUUAUUCGGAGAUAAUGAUAGUAACGUGGCCGUGGAAGAUGGCAACUCGGAGCCUGGGGAUCGCCUCCAGGAACUUGACAAUGAUGGCUCAAACUUCGAGGAUGUUCCUGCUCUCCUUGAUGAUGCCUCUGAUGAUGAAUUACCUGUUGUUGAGUUGCGAGUUGGCGAAGAGGACAAGGUCUAA